AUGUUCCUCUCAAAUGACACCAAGUUCCAUCCCUCCUUUUUCCUCUUGCUGGGAAUCCCAGGCCUCGAAGAGAUGCACGUUUGGAUCGGGUUUCCUUUCUUUUCUGUAUAUUUGAUUGCCCUUGUGGGGAACAUCACUGUCCUGUGGGUGAUCAAGAAUGAGCACAGCCUUCACCAGCCCAUGUUUUACUUCUUAGCUAUGUUAGCCUCGAUUGAUCUGGGUCUGUCCACAUCUACUAUCCCCAAGAUGCUGGGCAUAUUCUGGUUUAAUUUAAAGGAAAUCAGCUUUGAGGGCUGCAUCACUCAGAUGUUCUUUAUUCACAUGUUCACUGCCAUGGAGACAGUCGUGCUGGUGGCCAUGGCCUUCGACCGUUAUGUGGCCAUCUGCAAUCCUCUGAGAUACAGCCUGAUUCUCACUGACAGGACUAUUGGCCUCAUCCUGGUGGUGGUACUGGGUGUCAAUUUCAUUUUGGUGGUUCCUCUGGUAUUUCUCGUCUUGAGGCUCCCUUUCUGUGGACACAAUGUAAUCUCUCACACAUAUUGUGAGCACAUGGGAAUUGCUCGGCUAGCCUGUGCCAACAUCAAGGUAAACAUGAUAUUUGGAUUAAUUCUGAUUUCAAUGGUGUUUGUUGAUGUGGUACUAAUUGCUAUCUCCUACAUGAAAAUACUCCGAGCUGUCUUCUCCCUUCCUUCUCAGGAUGCACGACUCAAAGCAUUUAACACCUGUGGCUCCCAUAUCUGUGUUAUUCUUGCCUUUUUCACUCCAGCCUUUUUCUCCUUCAUGACUCACCGGUUUGGCAGGAAGGUGCCUGCAUACAUUCACAUCCUCCUGGCCAAUCUGUAUGUUGUUGUUCCACCUGCCCUUAACCCUGUUAUCUACGGAGUGAGAACUAAACAGAUUCGGGACUGUGUUUCAAAUAUCUUCCUGAAAAAAGUCUGA